AUGGACUCAAAUCCAUCACCACCUGAGCCAAAUUCUAUGAUCGGUCGACCGCUUCUUGAAGGAUGUACUCCAUUUGCUCCAGCACCUCGCCCUGUGUUUGGUGUUUCUCUACAAGAAGCUGUUUCUGUGGCUCGUGUUCAUGAAGGAUUAGAUCUUUCUGCUGUGGUAUUUAGAUGUGUUGAAUUCUUAGAGGCAAGGGGAGCAAUUGAGGAAGAAGGCAUCUAUAGGCUUAGUGGUAGUUCAACUGAGUUUCAUGAUGUACAUGCUAUAGCAGGAUUAUUAAAACAAUUCUUGCGAGAGUUGGUCUCUCCAAUUCUUGCUAGAGACCUUCAUCCUCAAUUCCUUAAAGUUAUUGGCUCUAAUACUGUCUUUCAAUCCUUUUAA